AUGUGCAGAGCAGAAGAUUUAUUUGUAGAUAGAGUCAGUCAACAUUUUAUUUGUCCAAUUGGAAAGGGUGUUAUAGAGGAUCCAAUUGUUACACCCUGUGGUCAUACAUUUUGUGGUCCUUGUUUACAGGGUUGGUUAAAUACUAGAAGACAAUGCCCAACAGAUAGAUUACCGGUUACUCAUAAACAAUUGAUCCCUAAUUGGUUAGUUUUAAACUAUUUAUCCGAACUAAACGUAAAAUGUGAUCAUCAUACUCAAGGUUGCAUAUGGGUGGGUAAAUGGAAUGAAUUAAAUGCGCAUUUAAAGCAAUGUCAAGCCGCACUUCCGAAAAUAAGAUUUUGGUUAAAAUAUCAUGUACCAUUUGGACAACAAAUUAGAGUUACUGGGAAUUGCGAUCAACUUGGUAACUGGGAUCCAAAAAAAGCGUUUCCGUUAAAGUUUUCUCAGGGUGAUACCUGGGAGGGGGAACUCAUUUCAACCCAAUCUGGGAGAAUAGAAUAUAAAUAUUGUAUAUCUUAUUAUGAUACUGGCGAAUUAUUAUAUUGGGAAGCUGGUGCAAAUAGAAUAGUUUAUAAUUAA